UACAACAACCCAUUCCAAUUUCCGAUACCCUCUUCAACCUUACAUCAACUGAUUGAAAACAUCUCUUUCUUUCUUGUUGCGUGAUAAAAGUUUGUAACUUCAUUGGCAACAUGAGCCCUAGAAGGUUUCUUGAAGGUGAUCACAAACAACAGGUGAAAAGUGGAGUGGCGAUCAAUGGUCCACGACCGACGCCAUUAAAGCUCAAACAAGAAUCACACACCAUUCAAAAACAACAGCAGCAGAUCAGAAAGCCGGUCAUAAUCUACACUUAUUCUCCUGAAGUUAUCCAUACCAAACCUCAUGAUUUCAUGGCUCUUGUUCAGAAGCUCACGGGUCAUUCUGGCUCUAAAGAUCAAGAAAGAAGAUCGAAAACCGUAAAGAAAGAUGGAUAUGAUCGAAAGGAUAAUGAAAUUUCCAAUGAUUUUGGUGUCACACAUGAGAAAAGUACGAUUAUGAAAGCCAAGAGUCCGAUGUUUAAUGCUCCUUUGAAUCCUUACAUGGCUGAUAUCCCCCUUUUUACACCAAAUUCAAGUGAUUACUUCUGCUCGCCUCGACCUUUAUUUCGGUUCACUGAUAUGGUAUCGUCGUCUCCAAAUAUUAGUACUUCAUUAUCGCCUAGUUCCCUAGUCGAGCUCAUGAAAAUACUUCCUGAAUAUUGACUGAAGCAUUCAACCUCUUACUGAUUUUUAUUUAUUAACAUCCGAACAUAAUAUUAUAUACAUAUAUAUGUCCAUAAUUAAACGCUGUUCUUUGUUGUUCAUUGUUUUAGACUUCAUGAGUUCUUGUUCUUUUAAAGACAUCAUGAUUUCGAAAAUAGUUGUUUGUGAUUAGGGUUUGAUCCACAGGUAGAUCUGUCAGAUGACAAUAUGUUUAAUUUGUUCUUUGGUUUGUGAGGGAUUCUUGAUGUAAUCAUAUAUAAUUAGAUCAAAGUCGAAUAAAAUUGAUAUGGCGUAAAUUGGCCGUCUUCAAAGUAUUUGUUUGUUUAUC